GCUUGCUCUUCUUCCUCGCCCCCCUCCUCCUCGAUCGCUUCGGGAUUCAUUCGGUCGGCCCCUUCACGACCGUCGACAGACACCGCUAGCUCCUUCCGGCGUCGUCCAGCCAAGUGCAUCAUUUCCCAAGCGCCACCUAAUCUUUACUCACAAUUCAAGCACUUACUGAAACUCCGCCUGCCAUGCAUCGCUGCCACCGCAACCGCACCCGCACCACGUCCUCCUCCUCUGCCCACGUAGUCUUCUCCCAGUUGCCAUGUGGAUGAUGCCGCUUGACUAUAAUUAUAACUACUAGCUACCACCUUCUUACUUAUUAGGUAUGCCAUCAGAUCAUCGCUACGUCUCCAAAUUAACCUCUUGCUUUGGUACGUAGGACGGUAGGAGAAUCAAUGAAUCAUCUUCCUUUAAUUUCGUUUUCCUAGCUAGCUAGCGAGUAAAACUAUUAAUUAAUUGUUGUGAGCUUAGAUUACUGGUUAAUUAGUCAAUGGCAUCACGGGAAGCAAUAAGCAAAGUGAGAAUAGGGAAGACGACGACGUACCGGAAGGGCACCGAUACGGAGCUGCUUGCCUUCGGAAGCGAAGCGGCGAUGGCGGCCAAGUUGCUCGUUUUGGGAGACGGCGGCGGCGGCAGGCGGCAGGUCUUCCGCGCCGGGCGGCUCUCCGUGCACAUGAUCCGGGUGGCGUCUUCCCCCGUGUGCUUGGUCAGCUGCAUGGUCGGGGAUCACCAGUGGACGCUGGCAAGGGACGAGGUCGUCCUCCGGGCAGCUCCGAGCAGGUACGCCUUCGCCAUGCCGGGAUUCUGCUACGGCCUUUCGCUCCCCUGCUCCGGCGGCGCCUACGAGCACGAGUACUGCCGAACGCUGGAGGAGAUGCUCCUCCGGUUUUGCGCCUUCCGGUGCCUCGAAGGUACUUCUUUUGCGUGCGGAGGUGAUCAAUCAGGUGAUGUUUGGGCGCGUGCCUACGAGGAGAUCAAGAAGCUCACCUAUGCUACUGUCACCGUCGAUCCAAGCAGCAGUCGCGAGGGCCUGGACUCGAUCCAACUGGCGGUGAGGACGUCGGCGGUGGUGAAGCUGCUCUCUCGUUCCCUCCUGACCGGCGCUCUCGACCCGCGUAAGCAUCUCGACCUGACCGCCGGCACCUCCCUCCCCAGCGGGCAGAUCAUAGCCGACCUUCUGGAUGUGAUUGAGACGGGGCGGCGACGGGAGCCGUCGAUGCCACCAACGGCGGCGACCCCCAGUGGGCUCUGGUGCAUUAACGCAGAGGGGCUGAAGCUGCUGCUGGUGGUACUUUCGGCGUGCAGCACUGCGGAGAAGAGAAAAAGGCAGCAGCUAGAGACUCUGAACGAGGGGGAGGAGGAACCGGAGGAGGCGGGAGGCGACGACGAUGCAGGGGAGAAAGGCGGAGGCGGAGGCGGAGGAAGUAGUGCCGCUACUCCUUCGAGGUGCAUCAGCGGAGGAGCGAGGGUGGAGAAGGAAAUGGAUGUUUACUGA